AAAAACUGGAGAAGCCGGUGCGGUUUCCUUCGAAUCCAAACCAUUCGUGGCAGGAAAGGAACCUUGAAAGAGAACAGCGAUCACGACACGAUCACAAUGGCGAAGAGGAAAAGAGAAGCCGCUCAGGACGGGGAUCAUGCAGAAGCUAAGGGCUCGACGAAGAAGACUAAUGCAUCAGCCAAAACGCCACGGUCAACAGCCUUCAAGCUCGACAGAGAUGCCCCAGUGACAAUCCAAAUCAUCGCGGGGUCGUACGACCGUGUCCUCCACGGCGUCACAGCAACAGUUAAGCCGGCCAUGGCCGUGGAGUCUGCGGAAAAGAGCAAGAAGAAGGCGAAUGACAGUUCACCACUGCCGAAGCGGCAGCAACAACAGCGAGUUGAGUUUGCCGAUACCUUUCUUUUCAACGCGCACAACUCGGCCAUCCGUUGCCUCGCGCUCUCCCCGCCGUCGGCGCCAGCGCCGGGCCAGUCGCAGAAGGUCGUGCUCGCGACGGGGAGCACCGACGAGCGCAUCAACCUCUACAGUAUCUCGGCGCACCCGCCGUCGGCGCGCGCCGCAGAUGAGCAGAAGCUCCUCUCGUCGCUUGCGCCCCGGCCGAUCCUCGAGAACCCCAAGAAUCGCGAGCUGGGGACGCUGCUGCACCACACGUCCAACAUCACCCGCCUCGUGUUUCCCAACCGGUCCAAGCUGCUCUCGGCGGCGGAGGACUCGACCAUCGCCGUGACGCGUUCGCGCGACUGGACCCUGCUGCACACGUUCAAGUGCCCCAUCCCCAAGCCGACGGGCCGCCCGAGUGGGGAUACCGCGCCGCUGGGCGGGACCCCUUCGGGCGUGAACGACUUCGCGGUGCACCCGAGCAACAAGAUCAUGAUCAGCGUGAGCAAGGGGGAGCGGUGCAUGCGGCUGUGGAAUCUGGAGACGGGCAAGAAGAGCCGCGUGCUGAACUUUGAGCGCACUGCUCUGAGCGAGCUUGGAGAGGGCAAGCACUCGACUGGGGAGGCAAGAAGGAUCGUGUGGGGGAGCUCGAGGGGCGGGGAAGACGAGUUCGCGGUGGGCUUCGACCGGGACGUCCUGGUGUACGGGAUGGACUGCGUGCCCAAGUGCCGGCUCAUGGGGGAUAUCAAGACGAAGGUGCACGAGUUCCGCUACGUGGAGACGGACGCGAGCAGGGAGGAAACGGUGCUGGCGGUGUCCACGGAGGAUGGGAGGGUCUUGUUCUUCUCGACGGCUACAGAGGAUUUGGCCGAGCCGCCUCGGGACAAGACGCUCCGGGUGGCUAAGCUGGUCGGACGGCUGGGGGGCAAGGAGGCUGGAGUGUCCGGGAGGGUCAAGGAUUUCUCAGUCCUGCCGGUGGAGGACGAGGACGGCAGGCGGUCCUUCUUCAUCGUCACUGCCAGUAGUGACGGACGGAUCCGGCUAUGGCAUCUGGAUGCUGCCGACCUGGACGCUUCAGGCCAGACGCCCAGGCAGGUCGGCAAGCUUCUGGGAAUGUACGAGACGCAAAACAGGAUCACAUGUGUGGCCGCCUUUGUCAUGAUCCCCCGGCCGCAGGGGGUGGAGGAGAGCGAGUACGAGUUUGAGUCUGACGAAUCGGAGGAGGAUAGCGAUGAUGAGGAUGAAGAGUGAUAGGGCUGGGAGGGAGCGUUUUGUUAAUUUGAUUGACCGAUGGGUUCACUAGAACUGGAACCUUUUUUCCUGCUUAGGGCCGUCUAGGAGGUUG